AUGCCGCAGUGUCGCUCCCAGAGCACAAGCUGCAAUCACUUUGUGGACAGUGAAAGAAUACACCCAGCCUCUCCUCCGCCGCAGCUGCUCCCUUCUGCGAAGCCCUUCAGGCUCGCCGUCAAGGACAACAUUGCAACGGCCGAGUUCCCGACACAAUGCGCCUCUCGCAUCCUCCGCGGCCACAAAUCACCUUACGAAGCUACAGUCGUCACCCAGCUGCGUGCGCGUGGCGGCAUCGUCGUGGGAAAGACCAACAUGGACGAGUUCGGCAUGGGCUCCCACGCGACAAACUCCAUGCAUGGCGCCGUGAGCAACCACCUUUCCACGGAUGAGCCAAUCUCCGCGGGGGGCAGCUCUGGGGGCAGUGCCGUUGCUGUCAUGCUCGGGGAAGCGGAUAUCGCCCUGGGAACCGACACGGGCGGUUCAAUCCGUCUGCCUGCGUCGUACACGGGAGCUGUAGGCUACCGCCCGAGCUACGGCAUGAUUUCGCGCUACGGCGUGUUUCCCUACGCCAACUCACUGGACACUGUGGGAAUGCUGGCCAGAGAGGUGAAGCCAAUUCUCCAUCUUCUAGUGGAAACCAAGCUGGACGAGGAGCACGACCCCAACGACCCGACGUCAUUAUCUCCAGCCUCGAGGCGACGAUGCGCCAAAGCAUGCCCGCCGCUUCUGGAAGACAUGUCCAAGCUCACUGUUGGCAUUCCCCUGGAAUACAACGUUGCCGAGCUGGACCCCAUCAUGCGACAGGCUUGGGCGGAAGCUGCCACAGCGCUGGAGUCGGCCGGCGUGAACAUCGUGCCGGUGUCUCUGCCGUCAACCAAGGAGGCACUAUGCGCGUACUACGUCCUUGCCCCCGCCGAGGCAUCCUCCAACCUCGCCAAGUACGACGGCGUUCGUUACGGCGCGCGAGGGGAGCACGGAGACGCCGGGGGCGACACGUUGUACUCGGAAACCCGGGGAGCCGGCUUCGGCCCCGAGGUCAGGCGUCGCAUCUUGCUGGGCACCUACAGUCUCAGCUCUGAAGCAAUGGACAAUUACUUUGUCCAGGCGCAAAAGGUCCGCCGGCUGAUCCGGCAGGACUUUGACAAGGUGUUCAAACGGGACAACCCGCUCCAAGAAGCGGCGCAGUUUGACCUCAGCGACAUGGAUGCCGAGACGGCUCUGCAGGACAAGCAGGGUCCUCCGCAGGUAGACUUCCUCCUGUCGCCGACUGCGAUGUCAUUCGCGCCGACGCUGAAUGACGUGCUUACAAAGAGCAGUUUGGAGGCGUACAUGGGGGAUGUCUUCACCGUGCCCGCAAGUCUGGCUGGCCUACCUGCCGUCAGCGUGCCGUCGGGAAGGGUCGGGGAGGGUCGGUUGCCGUUGGGACUCCAGUUGAUUGGGCAGUAUUGGGAUGAUAAGCGGGUGUUGGCCAUGGCGGAGAGAUUAAAGGCGCUGGCGGCAUAG